UUUGUGUACGACCUUGGUUAUUGGGUUUUCGUGCUAAUAAUCCCAUGAUCGCGUAAAUUUAAUCGGGAAUCAUUGAACUUGACUCCCUGCAUAAAUUCCAAGAUGUUGCAUCUCUGCAGGAAUGCGAAACCAUCUGUGAUUUGUGGUGCUAUCCAGCAAUCCGUGAGAUUCCUCUCAGUGAGCCAUGUAAGUGCAAGCAAUCGUCAGUGCAAAAUUCUCGUUGUUGGAGGCGGGUCUGGAGGAUGUUCUGUUGCGGCAAAACUCUCUUCGCGUCUAGGGCCAGGCAAGGUGGUGGUUCUGGAUCCAGCAGACAAUCACUACUACCAGCCAAUGUUUACUUUGGUUGGUGGGGGGAUGAAGAAACUGGAGGAUUCUGUCUGUUCCAUGAAGGAGACACUACCCUCCUUGGCCACCUGGGUCAGGGAUAGUGUGGCACAGUUUGAGCCGGCAGCUAAUGCCGUUGUCACGAGCAAUGGCGAGAGAAUUGAGUACGAACAAAUGGUAAUUGCAGUUGGCCUAGAACUUCGAUAUGAUCGAAUUCCGGGACUUUUGGAGGCUCUAGCAAUUCCAGGAGGGAAUGUUUGCUCCAACUAUUCCCCCAAGUAUGUCAAUCGGACAAUGGAGGCACUACAGAAAUUCCACCAGGGCAAUGCAGUGUUCACUUUUCCAAAUAGCCCGGUUAAAUGUCCAGGAGCACCGCAGAAAGUAGUUUACAUUUCUGAACACUAUUUGAGGAAAAACAGAAAACGCCGGGAAGCUAAGAUUAUCUACAAUACAGCUCUACCGGUAAUAUUUGGCGUGAAACACUAUGCUGAUGUUCUGUGGAAGGUUGUUGAACACCGGGACAUUGAAGUGAAUCUCCGGACAAAUCUCAAGCAGGUAAUUCCGGAGAGGAAUCAAGCGGUCUUUGAGAACUUGGAUAAACCUGGAGGAGAGCAUACAAUUGAGUAUUCCUUGCUCCAUGUAACCCCUCCAAUGGCUGCUCCCGAAGUCCUCUCAACCUGCCCAGGAUUAGCAAAUGCCGCUGGAUUUGUGGAUGUGAACAAGGACACCCUGCAACAUGUAAAGUUUCCCAAUAUCUUCGCCAUCGGGGAUUGCUCAUCGACUCCCAAUUCUAAAACAGCGGCUUCUGCAGCUGCCCAGGCUCCCGUUGUCUACCGGAAUAUGAUGGCCGUGAUGGAAGGUAAGUCCCCAAGUGCCUCGUACAAUGGUUAUGCCUCCUGCCCCCUCGUAACGGGCUACAAUUCCUGCAUUCUCGCUGAAUUUGAUUACAAUCUCCAACCGUUGGAGACAUUCCCAUUGCCCCAAAAUAAGGAACGCUGGAGCAUGUUUCUGCUCAAAAAGCACUUCAUGCCAUUCCUCUACUGGGAGCUAAUGCUCAAUGGAAUGUGGAAUGGUCCAGCAAUUGUGAGAAAAUUGCUUGAACCUCUCCGGAAGGAGAAGAAAACACUGUAAAAAUUCUGUGUAGAUUCUUUGUAUUUGCAUAAAAUGAAAUACAAAAUGACGUGCUUCCGCAAA